AUGGAGCGGGAAAAGAGACACACAAGCUUCCUACGUUUCCUUUUUCUUCUCUUCUGCGCUGUGUGUCUUGCCUACCACCAUGGAUUUGACGCUGAAGUCAAAGUGCCGGAAACCAACACCAAGAAGCACAACGUCGAUCUGUUGCGUAUGUUUGGGGCCAAGUCGAUCAGGGUUAGGCGUAAGGAGGGCGAACAGGGCGUUGUUGAGUACAACUUCGAGGUACCGACAGAGCCUGGUUCUUCAUUCCCUGCAGGGAACAGGGAUGUGGCGGUGUACGCAGAGCGGAGGUAGCAACGGCCACUCGGGAGUACAUCCACCUCAAUCACCCUGAAAGGCUCGAGGAACGGGUGGUGACGUUCAUGAGGAA